UUGAAAAUACAACAAUGCUUAAAUUUAAAUUUUGAUAACACACAAUUACCCAACAAUGUUUGUUUAUUGUGCUGUGACAAAGUUGGAUCUACAUAUGAUUUUCAAGAACUUGUAAAAAAAGCACAACAAUGUUUAUUAGAUGCAAUUGCAGAGAAGAAAAUAAAUUUAAAAACCGAAUUACCUGAAUCUGAAAAUGAUUCGUAUCAAUAUGUACAAUCAGUAUUAAACGACUAUGAGGAUGAUGUAUCAGUUAAAGAAGAAGAUGAAGAUGACGGUAGAAUUAUACAAAAACCAAAUAGUAUCAAAUUAGAAAAUGAUACAGGCGAAAAACAACAAAUUAAAUUACGGAAAAUAAAAAGGGAACGAAUCCAAAAAAAAUAUACAAAAAAAGCAGCAACAACAUUGGACCCAGAAAUAGCCAAACGAAGAGCAGAAAGAAGUGAAUUAAUUCGACAAAUUAAAGAUGAAUGGAAAUCAUACAAAUGGAAAUGCAUUUUAUGUGAGAGUGAAUGUUUAUCGUUAAAAGAUUUUCGUAACCAUUUCACAAACGAUCACAAACAAGAUCCAAUUUAUAGUUGUACAGAAUGUCCAAAAGUUUACGAAUUAUACGACACUUUCAAACGACAUGUUGGAUGCCAUAGAAAUAAAUAUAAAUUUAAGUGCCAAAUAUGUUCACGCUAUUUUCAUCACACAUCACUUUACAAGCUGCAUUUAAAAACUCAUUCCAAAGAUAAGAAUUACACAUGUCCGAAAUGUGGAAAAACUUUUAAAACUUCAAAUACAUUACGUGGACAUUUACGAAUACAUCAGCCUGAUUCUAAACCAAAAUAUGAAUGUGAAUUUUGUAAAAAAACAUUAGAAUCAAAAUCAGGUUUAAUGUAUCACAAGAAAAUUCAUUUGGGUGAAAAAGAUUUUAGUUGUGAUCAAUGUGGAAAAAUGUUUUUAGCAAAAAGUAUUUUACAAUGCCAUAUAAAUACCGUACAUUCCGAUGUGAAACCGUUUAGCUGUGAUCAAUGUCAACGGACGUUUAAAACUAAACGAAUAUUAAAAUCACAUUUACAAGUGCACAGUGAUGAUAAGCGGCACGCAUGUGAAGUAUGUGGAAAGCGUUUUCAUAGGAAAGAAUCUUUAUCAUUACAUUCGUCGGUACAUACAGGAGUUUUAGCAUUUACAUGUGAAUAUUGCCAUAAAGGUUUCAGGACAAAACAAUUGCUAACGGUUCAUAUUAGACAACACACCGGAGAACGUCCGUAUACGUGUCUUGAAUGCAAUCAUCAUUUUGCAAAUUCUUCAAAUUAUAUCAAACAUAUGAGAGGAAAACAUGGUGUAAAGAGUACAAGACAAAAUCAUUCAGAACAGAAGGAAUCGCCUAUAGAUAAAGAUACACUUUGUGCUGAGUGGAAAGUUGCAAACGAAUUAAUAAAUAUUAACCAUGAGAAAGCUAUUCAAAUAAAAUUAAAAGCUCAACAAAAAUUAUUCGAUGCAAUUGAAGAGAAAAUAGUAUAUAUUAAAACAGAAAUACCAGAUCCAGAAGACGAGUGGUAUCAAACAACAUUGAAUAAUCAUAAUGCUAACGAAGAGAAAAAAGUAAAUUUUAAAACUGAAUUACCAGAGGUAGAAAAUGUGUGGUAUCAACAUGUUGAAACAACAUUGAAUGAACACGUUGCAAACAAAGAAAAAUUACUAAAGAGUAAAACUGAAUUACCAGAAUCAGAAAAUGAAUGGUAUCAAGAUGUGGAUACAACAUUGAAUGAUUAUGGUCCAAAUGAAGAUAAAUUAGUAAAUUUUAAAACUGAACCAGAACCACAAAAUGAGUGGUAUCAACAGGUUGAAACAACAUUGAAUGAUUAUGACGAUGAUAUCGUUCGUGUCCGACGUAGAAAUUGUGAGAAAAAAAGAAUACCCAUUGACCCUGAAUCAAUGAAAUUAGCAGUUCAAGCUGUUACUGGACCGAAUAAAGUAUCAAUGAGAGAAGCUGCUAGAAUUUUUAAUGUCAAAUUCUCUACACUUUUACGUCAUGUUAAUUUGUUCAAGGCAUCUGGUGCAACUGACUUUGAAUAUAAGGCUAGCUAUGAUGUCAAGAAGGUCUUUACGGAAGAAGAAGAACUAAAACUAAUAGAGUAUGUAAAAACCAUCACUAAAAUGAAUAAGGGUCUCACAAAAAAACAGCUUCGUGAAGUAGCCUAUCAGUUUGCUGUCACAAACAAAAAAAGAUACCCCUCUUCUUGGGAUAUAUUUAAACUUGCAGGAGAAGAAUGGAUGAGAUUAUUUUUGAAAAGACAUUCCGACGAUGGUGACCUAACCAUCAACCUGUUACCUACAGCCAGUUUUUAUAAAACAACUUUAGCUAAAUUUUUUGAUAAUUUGAAUGACGUACAUAAACGCUUUGGACCGUUCCCACCUCAAAGAAUUUGGACACAAAAUGAAAUCGCCGUGACUACGGAGCAAGAUCCUUCAACAGUUAUCUCAGUUAAAAAGUUUGGUGACAUGACGCUAACAGAAACUGAGCAUCUAAUAAUUAUAUCCGCUUGUUCCAAUGCUUUAGGAAAUCUAAUACCUCCCAUGAUGCUGUUCCCUAGUGCUCAUUAUAAAGAUUACAUGAUAAAGGGAGCACCCCCAGGUACAAUCGGUGAAGCUAACUUUUCGGGCGGUUUGAACGAAGAGUUGUUUUAUAAAUUUAUGGAGCAUUUUAUAAAACACACUAAACCUUCAAAAGAAGAACGUGUCAUCCUUAUAACUGAUAACGAUGAAACUCAUCUUGCACCAAAAACCUUAGACUUAGCGUCUAAUGCUGGGGUGGUUAUGAGUACUUGUUUACAAUGUAGACUUUGUGCUGAAUGGAAAGUUGGAAAUGAAUUAAUAAAUAUUAAACACGAGAAAGCUAUCCAACUAAAAUUAGAAUCAAAAAUUCAACAAUGUUUAAAUUUGAAUUUUGAUAACCUAAAAUUACCCAAUAAUGUUUGUUUAUUAUGUUGUGAUAAAGUGGGGUCUACUUAUGAUUUUCAAGAACUUGUAAAGAAAGCUCAACAAAGUUUAUUAGAUGCAAUUGGAGCGAAAAUAGAGAAUUUCAAAACUGAAUUACCAGAAUCAGAAAACGAGUGGUAUCAAUAUGUUGAAACAGCAUUGGAUGAUUAUGACGAUGAAAUUGUAAAAGAAGUGAAAGUUGAAGAAAAUUCACAAGUUACCGGACAAAAAAAUAUUACUAACGUAAAACAUGAGGAAAAAAUUGAAGCAACAUCAAGAGGCAAUUCUUCUACUCGAAAGAAACGUAAAAAAACAGCGUUGGAUCCAGAAAUUGCCAAACGAAAAGCGUUAAGAAACGCAAAAAUACAGCGUACCAAAAACGCAAUGAAAAAUUAUGUAUGGAAAUGCGCAACGUGUGAAAUUGAAUGUCAUUCUGUAGAAAAUUUACGUAAACAUUUCACGGAUGAACAUAAACAGAAACCAAUUUAUAGUUGUACAGAGUGUUCAAAAACGUAUGACAUAUUUCAAACUUUUCAGAAGCAUGUGAAGGCACAUAGAGAUAAAUUUAGAUUUAAGUGUGACUUAUGCUCAAUGCAUUUUCAUCUACCGUUUCUCUUAAGAAAUCAUCAUUUACGAAGUCAUUCCGAAACGAAUUAUACAUGUCCAGAAUGUGGGAAGAAUUUUAAAACUCCAUUCUAUUUACAAAAGCAUUUACGAUAUUUACAUCCACCAGAUGUAAGACAGAAAUAUGAUUGUGAUAUUUGUGGUAGAAAUUUUUUGACAACGAAAGGUUUAUUAUACCAUCAGAAAACAGCACAUUCAGAUAAACGAGAUUUUAGCUGUGAUCAAUGUGGAAAAAUGUUUGUAGUACAGAGUCAAUUACAGAUUCAUUUAAAUACGGUACACUCGGAUUUAAAACCAUUCAGCUGUAAUCAAUGCCAACAGACAUUUAAGAGUAAUCAAAUAUUAAAAUCUCAUUUAUUAGUCCAUAGUAAUGAAAAACGACAUUCGUGUGAAGUGUGUGGAAAACGAUUCAAUAGAAAAGAUAUAUUGAGACAACAUUUAACUGUUCAUAGUGGCGUUCAAAAGUUCGAAUGUGAACAUUGCAAUAAACGUUUUCGAACAAAAUCACAAUUGAAGGUCCACAUAAGACAACAUACAGGUGAACGUCCUUAUUCAGGUUUGGAAUGUAAUCAUCAUUUUGUAGACACCUCAAAUUAUAUCAAACAUAUGCGAGGGAAACAUGGUAUAACGAGUACGAGAAAAAAAGUCACAACCAAUUGUUGAAAAGAAUAUAUCAGAAACUAAUUAAAAUUAUUUAUGCAUUCUUAUUUCCAAUACUAAGAAUGUAUUAAUUAAUUUAAUCAAUCUCUCAAUUUCUGCGUGGUUUAAGCAAUGCGAGAGUGACAUAAUUCAAGCGGAACGAGAAUCAUUCAAUGCGUAAGGUUUGGUUUAUCUUUUUUGAUAGUUGCGGUUAGACGAGUUUGAAUUAUACAAUGAGAAGUUUGC